UGGGCCUAGGCCUGCUCCAUUUUUCUCACUACUUAUUUCCUCAUCAGAACAUCAACCAUCUCCCUCCACUACGUACUAUCAUCUCCUCUCCAUCGAUCUCUGAUUUCUACCUUGAGGAAAUUCUAUGGCUCCAAAAAAGAAACAGAAACAAAGCAAUAACGCUGCUGAAUCUAGUUCUAAAAGUGCAGUUACUGAAAAAGAAACUCCCCGGGCGCUAAAGGUUAAACGUAAACUUAUAAAAAAAGUCUCUCAGAUAAACUCUGCACAAACCAAAGAAGCUGAGAUUAGUUCACAAAUGCAAACCGGAGAAAAAGAGAAGGCGGCCAAAAAAGGCGACCAAGGAAAUCAUGUUGGUGGAAAAGAUGCUAGAGGAAAUUCUAUGGCUCCAAAAAAGAAACCGAAACAGAACAAUAACGCUGCUGAAUCUAGUUCUAGAAGUGCAGUUACUGAAAAAGAAACACCCCGGGCACUGAAGGGUAAACGUAAACUUGUAAAAAAAGUCUCUUCGAUAAAUUCUGCACAAACCAAAGAAGCUGAGAUUAGUUCACAAAUGCAAGCUGGAGAAAAAGAGAAGGCAGCCGAAAAAAGCGACCAAGGAAAUCAUGUUGUUGGAAAAGAUGCUAGUAUGUCUGAAAAAAUCGAUCAAGGAAUCAAAGAAACGGAUACGCGGGGAAGAAGUGGAGAGACGAGUAAGGAUGAAAAAACUGAAAAAAGCGUUGAUCUGAACGAAGGACGGGAAGAGAUAAAAAAGGAUUCGAAAACUUUAAAUAGUCUUGGUGGAGUAAUUUUCAUGUGCAAUGCGAGAACGAAGGAAGAUUGUUUCAGGUAUCGUGUGAUGGGUGUUUCGGCAAGCAGACAAGAGUUUGUUAUGGGAAUCAAAGCUGGUCUUAAGAUUUUUCUGUAUGAUUUCGAUCUUAAGCUCAUGUAUGGUAUCUACGAGGCAUCUUCUGCUGGCGGAAUGAAACUUCAACCAGCGGCAUUUGGUGGGGCCUUCCCUGCUCAGGUUCCUUUUAAGAUUCACAAGGACUGUAUUCCGUUACCGGAGAAUGUAUUCAAGAAAGCGAUUAAAGAGAAUUAUGAUGAAAAGACACGCAAGUUUAAGACCGAGCUGACAGCUAUGCAGGUGGAGAAGUUAACGGAGCUGUUUAGACCUGCACCAUGGCUGGAUUCAACUCUCAAACCAGUACUACGGGAUCCUUUGGUUCAGCCGGUUAUUCAGCCAUCGAUAGCACCGCCUUUAUCUGGUCAUGAACCUAUCAGGGAGCAUGCAUAUGGAGCGCAAUUCGGUAGUAGUAAAGCAGGUCGGAAUUUCUCACCGCUUGAUCACGGAAGGCAGCAGUUCUCACCCCACCAUGUCAUGCCUCGAGAGGUUGCCCAUAAUCCACAUUUUCUUACCGAAAAAGACUACAGAAGCUAUGGUCUUCAACAGGCAACACAUCUUAAGCCCUCUACUGAUUAUGGAUCUGAACAAGGAAUGCAGCAGCUACGGAGGGCCCCCGCUGGUGUAAGAAGUGAUGCAACUUUUGCACGGAAUGAACAUGUUCGCUCUGAUGCUCGUUUUCCAAAUGAAUGGGAAUACCGUAAUCAGGGCCUCCAGAGUUUCCAUGGGCAACCUGUUACCAUUGCUCCUGCCGUAGAAAGUCGCAAUACAGUUGCUGCAGCUGCCAAUCAUAGUUUAAUAACGAAAGUAGAUCCUUAUGACGAGACUACCAACUCACUUGUGAACCGAUAUCUUUCUCUGCCGAGGACAAUGAUAACACCUAGAGAGUUGCCUUCGACAGGCAGGGAGUCGUUUGCUAGUGCUUCCAACUCUGCGAGUGACAUCAGAUUGCCUGCUGAAAACGUAAGAUAUUAUCCACCGAUGCUUGCUCCUCAUGCACUGUCUGGUCACGGUCAUUUACAUCAGCGCCCUGGAAAUGAACCUGGAAGAUCAUCAUCGUCAGUCUUACCUCAGUAUCCUUUCUCUGGCCCACCUGCAUCACGUCGCUGAAACUAUGAUCCAUCCCUUAAUGAUGCUCAUGGCUCCAGAAUCCAAAAAGUUAGUAGUGUGUGACGAUGCAACAGCCGCUUAGUUUAUGAAAGAUUUACCCAGGAAAGUAGAGUCCCUUUGAUGAAAUCCCAUUUGCAAGAUGGGUCUCAACUCUCAACCCAACUCCAGUACUCCGUCUCAGAGCACCAGGUCACGCCCCAUGUGAUAAGAGACGCGGCUCACGCCCAUUGUGCAAGAGGUGUAUCUCUCCAUGUUAAUGAAAAUGAUGAGCCAAGACAUCAAUCCAAAAUUUCCUGUCUGAUUUUUCAGUUGUUGGGAUCCCCUAUGUACAAUAUUCUGUUUCUGCUGGAUUAUCUGAUGUUUACCCAAGAUAAAGUUGAUGCUAAUUGUGUCUGCCUGAGCACAGACCUGUGAUAGUGUAACUACUCUGAUAAUUUUUUCAGUUUUUUUUUUUUGGUUUCC